UGCCCAUCCCCCUAGGAGGACCAGUGACAAGAAAAAAAAAAAAUGGUAUUCUGAGGCAGCUGUCGGUGGCUUCGCUGGCCGAACGUUAGUCUCACGUCAGCCUCGUCCCGCGAACUUCGAGUGGUCGGAUAUAUCUCUCUCUUAAACUGAAACCUCCCACUAAAAAGAGAACGAGAGAGGAAAAAAAGGAGAGAAAAGCUUAACCCUCAAAUCAAUCGGAAAUCCGCCAAGAUGUCUGCCGGGUGGACAGUCGGAGCAGGUCGACCAACGGUCGUACAACCCUCGGCGUACACUGCCAGCGGCGAAGAAGGAGGCAUAGACUGUGGCUGCUGCAGGUGCUGCCCUUGGAUUUACCUGGGCUUCCUCAGAUCCAAGGCGGGGUGGCUGAAAAUUAUCGAGUUGGUACUGACGGCCAUUACUCUCAUACUGGUGCUUGACUACGGUUUGCCCUACAGCGAGACCAUAGGGCAAGCCUUCGACUUCUUCCUUAUCAUAGUAUCUGCAGGAAUCUUUGUGAUCAGUCUGCUCGUCUUCUGCUACAUCAUAUCACCGAACUCUUUCAAUCUCAUCAGGGCAUCUGUUCUUGAAUUAGUCUUCAACCUCCUGAUCUGCGCCCUGUACUUCGCCUGUUCAUGUCACCUGUCGUGGGCUGUACAGACGUACCUGUAUCCUCACUAUCGAGUGACUGCUUACUACACGGUGUACCCGGCAAUGACAGCUGCUUAUGUCCUCGGAUUCGUGCUGACGGUCACUCACGGUCUCGACGCCAUCUUAGCACUGAGACACCUGAAGGGACGACCCUAAUAAUUCAAAUUCUGGUGCGAGAUGGAGACUCUAGGUUGUCCUAUUGAGGCUGACAUAUCUCUUUUUAUUUAUUGUUAAUCUGUCAUUGUAACAUACUCUUCCAUUGUUUUUACUGACGCUUCGUGUAGUGGAAUAGUGAAAUGAUACGUUAAAGUUUUAUAAGAAAUUUGAACUGGUUUAUAUAGAACCAAUCUGCUGUUUCUUAGGCUUAAAAUAAAAUACGAAGGAAAUAUAUAUUUUCAUACAUGAAUCACCAUGAGAAUACGAAUUUCAAAUGUCUGUUGUUGUCUAUGGUAAAAGGGGAUCUCUCUGGGCCAGUUUCUCUGCAGGAUUUUACCAAAAAAAUAUCAGUGAUCUUUUUGGAAAAUUUUACCACAGGUGUGUCAUGUGAAUGGGGAGGAAUUAUUAGAUUUCCUGACCAAUCCAGUUUUUGGUAUUAGAAGGGUACGCUGUUGUGUAUUGUGAACUGAUUAACUCUGGCAUAUAAUUAUAGAAAGACCUUGCUUUUCAGCCCUUUGAGUUUAGAGGCCAAUAAGCAAUUGCAUUUUUUUGCUUUGCACUUUCGAUCAUAAAGUUUCAUGAAACCA